CGCCCCACACAGGUUUACUUUGAACUUGACUAUCUAAACUACAAUGAAGUCGUCUGCAUGAUUAAUGGCUAUCCCAACGACGGUCUAGUCUAUCGAAUGUGGGUAGGCGAUGGAAUGGAGAUGUCAGAAUGGAACUUUGACGAUUUGGCUUCAUCGUUUCAGCUAAUGGACGAAUUGCUAUCUAGAACCUACUCUCGAGCAUUCUAUUAUCAACAAGAAAAUCGCAUCGUCUUCAGCAACCAAACGCCCUAUGGGAUCUACAAAAUUAACUGCGAAGUUACCGUAAAGUUUUUCGAAGAGAUCUUCGAACUUUCAGGCAGUAUUGAGUUCGAAUAUAUUGGUAAAGAAAUUUCCUUUGCUAACAGGGCAAAGUUACUUUUUAUCAUUAUUUAA